UUAGAAACGUCAACGAGCCAGUGAACAUUAAGCGGAGCAGACCAAAAUCCCAAACAAGGAAAUGGUGGGGGAAUAAACCGAGCAGAUUAUUUAAUUAAUGCAUGUAAUAAUUAAUAUUUUAUUUUUGAUUGUAAAUUAAGACGUAUUUAUGGGUUAGAAUGGAUUACGACUUCAAAACAAAGCUGGCCGCCGAGAGGGAGAGAGUGGAGGAUCUGUUCGAAUAUGAAGGUUGCAAAGUGGGUCGAGGCACCUACGGGCACGUUUAUAAAGCAAAGCGCAAAGACGGGAUAGACCAGAAGGAAUAUGCACUGAAACAGAUAGAAGGCACUGGAAUUUCAAUGUCUGCCUGCAGGGAAAUCGCUCUGCUGCGAGAACUGAAACAUCCAAACGUGAUUGCCCUGCAGAAAGUGUUCCUGUCCCACAGCGACAGAAAAGUUUGGCUCCUGUUUGAUUAUGCCGAACACGACCUUUGGCAUAUCAUCAAGUUCCAUCGUGCCUCCAAGGCCAACAAGAAGCCUAUGCAGCUGCCCCGAGGGAUGGUGAAGUCUCUUUUGUAUCAGAUUCUGGAUGGGAUCCAUUACCUCCAUGCCAACUGGGUGCUCCAUAGGGAUCUGAAACCGGCUAACAUCCUGGUCAUGGGAGAAGGACCUGAACGAGGAAGAGUUAAAAUCGCUGACAUGGGUUUCGCAAGACUCUUCAACUCUCCCCUCAAGCCCCUGGCAGACCUGGAUCCUGUGGUGGUCACGUUCUGGUACAGGGCCCCGGAGCUACUGCUGGGGGCCCGGCACUACACCAAAGCUAUCGAUAUCUGGGCGAUUGGCUGCAUCUUCGCUGAGCUGCUAACAUCAGAGCCAAUCUUUCACUGUCGCCAGGAAGACAUCAAAACCAGUAACCCCUUCCAUCACGACCAGCUGGACAGGAUAUUCAGCGUCAUGGGUUUCCCCGCAGAUAAAGACUGGGAAGACAUUCGGAAGAUGCCGGAAUAUCCAACACUGCAGAAAGACUUCAGGAGAACAACAUAUGCAAACAGCAGCUUGAUCAAAUACAUGGAGAAGCAUAAAGUUAAACCAGACAGCAAAGUUUUCCUGCUGCUCCAGAAACUACUCACCAUGGACCCCACCAAAAGAAUCACUUCAGAACAAGCACUGCAGGACCCUUACUUUCUGGAGGACCCGCUACCAACCACUGAUGUGUUUGCUGGGUGCCAGAUCCCAUACCCAAAGAGAGAGUUUCUCAAUGAAGACGAACCAGAGGAGAAAACAGAAAAGAACCAGACGCAGCAGCACCAGCAGACAACAGGCCAGACUCAGAACCAGAACCAGCAGCAAACAGCAGCCCAGCAGGCCCCAUCUCAGCAGAACUCAACCCAAACCAACGGCACCACAGGAGCCAACGCCGGUGGGGGUUUACAACAUGGACAAGACCAGGGUCCCCCCAAUAAAAAACCCCGCAUCGGGCCCUCUGGUACCUCUUCAGGCACCGGGGUUCUCCAGUCAGAGUACCAGCACUCCAGUUCCCGUCUGGGUUACCAAAGCAGCAUCCAAAGUUCCGCUCAGCCUCAGAGCACCAUGGGAUACACGUCGUCCUCGCAGCAGAGCUCCCAGUAUUCCCACCAGACCCACCACCGUUACUGACACUCCCAUCCACUCCGGAACCAGCAGACGGCAGACGCUCCACCUCUAACCUCCACAACAGACGCCAUCUUUUGGCUGUGACCCGGAAGUGUCUGCUCCAUACUGGUUGGGCGUUUUCUCGCGGCAUUACGUCAUUCCAAACCCUUUGACGUGUGGUGACAAAUAGGAAAACGUGGAAACAAGCACUGCCCGUUGCCCGGGCUGGUGAGACGUUUUAAUGUAAAAUAAGCGUGGAGGCGCCAGACGUGUACUCCAAAACCUCUGGCACUUAUGAACAUGAGGAGGAAGGAUUGCAGCUUAUAUAUAUUUACCUUAUCUAGCACCUUUUUUUUCUAUUUUCAGUUUGCUUUGCUUGUUUGUUGGAAGUAGAUGUUGUAAAUACUACAUACGUAGUACAUAGGACUGAUCUCAAUCCCUGGAUAAUCAUAUGCAGAUUUUACGUAUAAAAAAAAAAAGAAGACAUUUCUACAAACAGAAAAUCAGCUGUUCGGCUGAUCAAAUUGCAGGGAAAGACAAAACACGAUCCCAUAUUCCGAGCUCUCUCUCUCGGCUAGAUUUGGAAUGUACAGAAGCAACGUAAUCGUCUUUUUUUUUUUUUUUUUUUUUUUUUUACAAGUUGUGUACAUUCUAUUCUAACAGGAUGCGAUCGGGAGUGGUUUGGACAUCCAACUGAAAUGUGCGCAUAAACGUACAGGGCAGCUAACGGUAAGCCCCGCCCCCAUACACCCCCCUUGUAUGCUUCAUGAGACUGUUACUGCCUGAUGUCAAAUUGUUUUUUAAGCUGUUGUUAUUAUUGUUGUUGUUUCUGUGUGUGUGUGUGUGUGUGUGUGUGUGUGAGUGUGAGUGUGUUUUAUGCAUGUUUAACUUUAGACUCACUAAAAAAAAAUGCACUGACUUUACAAAAGAGCGGAAACAAACGCUUGUGGGCCCAAAUGCUAAGCACAGGUUUGCUUGGGAUAACAUCAUGUUCAAAAAAAGGGGUGGGGGGUUGUCCUUUAACACAACUACUUAACUAAUUGUUUUACUUCAUCUACAAAUACAGGAUGACAUUUGCCUUUUUAACACAGUAAAGAAAGUCAAUUCAGUGGAACCCGUUUAAGUCGACAAUCGGUCUAAGUCGACCAGCUCAUCAAGUUGUGGUCCAACGUGUUCUACAAGUACACCCGCAAUGCAUGCUGGGAAGCUUACGUGAAAUAAGACAUCAUAUGUAUCUGUGAAGUACUUCCUGCUGUGGCUAUUGUGUCAUCAGUGUAACAUUACUGCCACCUAGUGACCAGUGUAGAAAACUGCAUAUCUUCACAACCCCUUUGAAUGCGUCUUAUAUUUGUAUUUUAUGUCAUUUAGCCAUUUUUAUGCUUGAAAAUGUUUCAUUUAAGCAAAAAAUAUGUAGAAUUUGCUUAAAUAUGCGUAUUGUUUGACCAUUAAUGGGCCGUAUUCAACCAGAAAACGGCGACGAUUUCUUAAAUAGUAUAUUUUUGAUAAACAAUAAUAGAGUGAAGCCGCGAAAUUUGAAAGUGCAAAGUGGCAAAGUGGCAAGGGCAGGGGCGCCGCCAGGAAUUAUGGGCCCCAGGCAGCUGUAUCACCGCAUUUCCAGUCGGGGGUUCUUGGAAUUCUCCUAGCUUUUCCCCCUCAGGCAAGGGACUAUUGUACAUUAGUGUGUAAGUCAGGGGUGUGAGGGCCACAUAGUGAAAAAUGAAAAGAUGCAAGUGAUAUUUUCUAAUGCAACACUAAAUAGAUAGACAGAUACUUUAUCUCCAAGAGAAAUUGACGCUGCUAUGCUAAGAAGUUAUACACAGGACAGGCCGAAAGUUUGGACACACCUUCUCAUUCAAUGCGUUGUCUUUAUUUUCAAGACUAUUUACAUUGUAGAUUCUCAAAACCAUGAAUGAACAUGUGGAAUUAUGUAUUAGAUUUCUCAAAGUAGCCACCCUUUGCUUUUUUGAUAGCGCUGCAAACCCUUGGUGUUCUCUCAAUGAGCUUCAUGAGGUAGUCACCUGAAAUGGUUUCACUUCACAGGUGUGCCUUGACAGGGUUACUUAGUGGAAUUUCUUGCCUUAUUAUUAUUAUUAUUAUUAUUAUUAUUAUUAUUAUUAUUAUUAUUAUUGGGUUAUGUUGUGUGUCCAAACCUUUGACCUGUACUGAAUAUUUCAAGAAAAAGAUUUGUGAUACUGUAUAAGUGAAAAAGCCUAUUAUUAGUAUCAACUUUUGCUUUUUUUCCCCCAUUUUUUAUGUUUUCUAAUUUUCCAAAUAUGUCAACUUUCUUCUUAAAAAAAAAAACAUUUUCUCCUUGUAAUAUUAUCACUUUAUUCCCAUAAUAUUAUAUUUUCCCAACCUCAUUUUCCUAAAAUGAUUAAAAAAAAAUUAUCAUAUUACGACUUUAAAAAAAGCAUUUUUUUCUUUAAUAUUUCAAUUAUUAAGCUACUAAAAUGACAUUAUUUUUCCUCAUACUAUUACACCUGCAUUUUCAUAAAAUGUUGACUGCUGUUUUUUCCAUUUCUGCUGUUGUUGUUUUUUUUUUAUUUUAAAACUAUUUCAACUUUCUUCUUGUAAUGUUAUGAGUUUAUUCUUGUAACACUAUAACUUUUUGCCCAACCUAAUAUUCAGAAAGUUACAAUUUUAUUUAGUUUUCUUGUCAUAAUAUUAACAGCUUUCAAAAACAUUUUUUUUUUACUAUUUUAGCUCUAUGCUACUAAAAUGAUAUUAUUUUUCCUCAUAAUAUACGACUGUAUUUUUGAAAAAAUGACUUUUUUUCUCAUUAGAAUAUGACUUUUUUCUCUUCUUAUUUGACUUUAUUCUGUUUUUUUUUUUAUUUCUGCUGUUUUAUUUAUUUUCCAAUUCUUCCAACUUUCUUCCUGUAAUAUUAUGACUUUAUUGCCGUAAUAUUUUGACAUUAUUUCCGCAACAUUACAACUUUGUCUGCAACCUAACUUCCCAAAAAUGACAACUUUGUUUUUCAUAAUAUAACCACUUUUUAAAAAAAAAACAAAAAAAACGUAUUUCUUCAAUAUUUCCACUUUAUGCUACUAAAAUGAAGUUAUUUUUCCUAAUAUUACGACGUUAUUCUCGUAAAAGUACAAAUUACCACUUUUUUCUUUUAAUAUUUUGACUUUAUUCUUGUAAAAAUUUCUGCUGAUUUUUCAAUUUUUGCUGCUGUAUUUAGUUUUCUUGUUAAAUGAUAUUAUUGUCAAUAAAAACAAAAAUCAAUAAAAACAAAGGAAGAAAAAACUGCCGCUUACCAAAGGACCAAAGAUCCUUUCUUCUUCGGCCGCAGCUGUACCCACUGAAAGGUUGCACAAAUGGAGGAAAGCCACAUAAACAAACUACCGCGGGUUGAAAAAUCCUUGAAUAUCGCCCAUCCUCCUUAUGUCUCUGGCCAAGGUCACUAGUACGUGACUGUUUUACAUGAUGUCGACAGCGGCUGACUGUACGUCCGUCGUCAGUCGGCCAAUCUGAGGGAUGUCCACUUAAACGGGUUCCACCACUGGUUUUCUUGUUGUAAUGACUUUUAAGUACGGAAGUAAAUAGUAGGACAGAUUGGGUCAGCAGGAUUACACGAAAAACUACAAAACCAAUUUGCACAAAACGUGGUAGAGGGCUGGCACGCGGGCCAAGGUAGAAUCCAGAGUCAUUCAUUUUAUUAGUAUUCAACGUUUAAGUGCCUGUCGACACAAGAACCAUCUAGCAUCAGAGUUGAGGGGAGGAAACAGCCUCUCAGUCACUAUCGCGCAAACUGUCAUUGAAAUAAUCAAUGUUUGAACACCAUUAUCAGUUCAGUGUGUGACAGUUUUUUUUUAUACCAGGGGUGACCAAACUUUCUCCAGUGAGGACCACAUACAGAAAAACUAAAGAACGCGGGGCCACUUUGAUACAUUUUGGAGAAUAAAGAUGCUAAAAACAAUAGGACAAUAUACAGUAUGUGUGCUAAGCUAUGUGAACCAAGCAUCUUAGCUUUGUGUUAUAGCUGAUAAAGCAAAUUAGUGUAAUAUCAGAUAACAUGUUUCAUUAAUAAUGAACUUAUUGUAUUUUUACAAUAUGCCGAGGGCACUUUGGACACCCCUGGAUACAAAAUUCAGUUUGUUCAUAAGGAAUGUUUGCUGUUGAUUUUGAUGAAGAUGUCAUUAUUUUUAUGUGUGUUUGUGUAGUUUGGUGGACAGUAUUCAUUUUUUUUUAACUUUCUAAAAAUGUUGUUAUCAAUAUUGUAAUAUAUCAUAAUAAUUAUAUAAGUACAUUACACUUAUUUUAUUCAAUUUCAAUGGAAUAUAAUAAACAAUUAAUAAAUAAUCAAGAAUUACAAUUAUAAUUGCUUGACUUUCCAAACCAGCGGUGUCCAAAGUGCGGCCCGGGGAUUAUUUGCAGCCCACGGCUGUUUUUUUUAUUGGCCUGCGGCACAUUCUAAACAUAUAAUUUAACAAGAAAAAAAGGGAAAAAAAUACAGCAAAAAAACAACAAAUAACGUUGUAAAUAGGUUAUGGAAAAAAUUAUAAUAUUACAAGAAUAAAGUCAAAAUAUUAUGGGAAUAAAGUAAUAAUUGCGAGAAGAAAAUUUACGAGAAGAAAGUAGAAAGAGUAAUAAAAAUAAUAACAAAAGAACCCAGCAGAAAUGAAACAAGAUGCUGUAAUUUUAUGAGAAUAAAGUCAAAAUAUUAAGAGAAAAAAGUUGCAAUUUUAUGAACAUAAAGUCGAAAUAUUAUGAGUAAAUUUUAUAUUUCAAGACAUCGAAUUGAAAUAUUAAAGAAAAAAAAUAUUUUUUAAAAGUCGUAAUAUUAUGAGAAACAAAAUGAAGCUGUAGUUUUUGAAAAGUUGUAAUAUUAUGUGAAUAAAUUCAUAUUACAAGAAGAAAAUUUACAAAGAUUACCGUAAAUUCUGGUGUAUAAGCCGCACCCACUACAUUUAGAGGAAAAAACUGAUUCGCACAUACAUAAGCUGCACUGAACUAUAAGCCAUUCAUGCCCACGUCAUAAAAUGACAAACAUGUACCAAUACGGGUUUAAAAUGAAAGAAAAAACUAUUUUAAAGUUCUCCCAUGAUGCAUUGUGUCUGAGCAAAGCAUUUCAAUGGAGGACAAGCGGCAUAGAAAAUGGAUAGAUGGAUGGAUGCUGCUGCAACGACACCUCUGUCCACCAGGGCCAGUUGUGUUUUUUCACAUUAAACUCGUAUUGGUACUUGUUUGUAUAUUUCUUAGCUAUCGUUUGAGUGUUAAGUUGCUGUGUGAUGAGUUUUGUGUUGUUUGUAAGUUGAAAGUCAGACUUAUAUUGAUUAAUGACCUGCUGCGAUUUACAAUGUGUUGACAAGUACGUCAUGAGUUCACGGAAAGCUUGUGUUUGGCGCCUGCUAAAGAACAGCUACUGUUUUCUCACCGACUUGGGAGUGGCACAGUAUUUAAAGGAUCAGUAGUACUUGUAGUUCUGAAGUAAAGGAGAUGUUACAAGAUUAGAACAUAGCCAUAAAUUAGCUGCACCGCUGUAUAAGACGUAGCGUUCAAAGUUCAAAGACAAAAGUAGCGGUUUAUACACCGGAAAUGACGGUACUUUAAAAGAAAAAAUGUAUAUUUAAAAAAAAGAUGAUACUAAUAACAGGCUUUUUCACCUAUAUCACAGAGCUUAGAUGCAGCUUUUUCUUGAAAUACAUAUAACUUGUUAGCAUAUCUACAUGUGUUGCUUUACAAAAUAUCAAAGUGCCAAAGUUGAAUCCUUUCAAUUUUCACUAUAUGGCCCUCACUGGAAAAAGUUUGGACACCCCUGGAUUUUAUACAGUAUUUUUAAAUAACUAUGAAAUGGGUCAUUCCGCAGUGCAUUUGAUGAAAAUAUCUGCACGAUUAAUUAUUUAUAGCCCCCCGCUUGAGUAGGUUUACAUCAUUUGUUGAUUUUGUUGUAUUUUCAUUUUUAAAAAUAUGAUAAUGUAUUUUUCUUUCACCAUUGAAUGCAACACAAAGAAAACUGCACUUUAAAGCUUCAUAUGGAGUUUAACCCAUAAGAACACAGACCCAAUAGUGCUUCAAGUAAAAUGACGGGGGAUAUAUUUUCUAAAAUACGACUAAUUAACGUCAAAGAUGUAUGACACAGUGAUAUUUAUUGAGUGGUUUAUUAGUAUUUUUGCUAGGCUGAGGGUUUCCAUAACAAUUUUAAGGCUAAAUUGCUAAAUAUUUUCCUAGCUUGUUUUGUAUGACUUCAUGAAAGAAAUAUAGUAAGAACAGUUGAAUUGUAACAUGUGACACCUUAUUAAAGCAUUAGAACUGUUAAAUGUUUUUAAAAUGGCAAAAAAAAUAACCCUUUGGAAAUAAGCUAGCUUACCAGACACACUGCCAAAUUGGGGCAGCUAUUUUCUUGUCAUAGUUAGGUGACUGUCACAUGACAAUCACCCCAGUCAUCACCUAGGGACUUAAUGAGUUUAAGUCAAGCACAAAGCUGUAUAGACACAUUUUACACAUUUAAAGUAUGGUUCUUAUGGGUUAAAUCCAACAGAGUUCGCUGUGUAGUUCUUCCCGCCAUGUUGUGUUAAAGAGGGCACCCACUGGGACUGCAUUGGCGCCAAUCCUGUGACGUAUACUCUUUUAGAGUGGGGAGGUGGAGCGGAUGGGGCCACAAGUGAAACAAACAAUUAGGAAACCCUGACCCCUAUUGACGGAAAACAGAACUGCACUUAUUUCCCAUUUGACUUCCACUUAUACAGUAGAAUGUGAGGUGUGUAAAUGUUGUGUCUCAAAUGGAAUACUUCCGGCAGUACACUUCACUAAGUAUACAAUGUAUACUGUGUACUUAUUUCCUCACAGUGUAGAGCUGUCCCAAAUGCAUUACCGUCGUGAUGGCAGCAAUGUUUACCCACUUCUUAGCCUUCUUGUGUUCACCACUAUCCACAGCCACGGGUUGCACCUCAGCCACUCUUCUGAGCAUUAGUCCCGCCCCUUCCACUACUUGAGCAGUACGGCUAAAUGCAGUACACUGUCCGGAUGUUACACUCAAAACUGCCAAAAUGGUGAGUCUUUCGUGUUGUGGUAAUAAAACAGGCGGUGUUGGUCAAACUUGGCUUUUAUAUAAAUUCUGGGCAGUGAGUAAAAUACAAGAACAUCACAUUGCUAGGCGUUAGCCAGUAGCCCGCGUUCUGCAUUCGUAGACUUACAGUAGCCCUGUAGGGUCAAUACUAACAGCCAAUAUUCUAAUGUGACCACGCAGUUAGGUGCACUUACCACCCUCAAUUGUCGCCAUUUGGGUUGCGUAGCUGAAGGGGAGGGACUAACUAGAGUGAUUGCAAUUCACCAUUAAAAAGGAGAGUAAAUAUUUCACAGAGACAGUCAUGAAUUUGGGACAGCAUUACGCCAUCAAAAAUGCGUACACAGUGUACACAUUACAGUGUACUUAUUGAAGUACAGUAAUCCCUCGCUCCUUCGGUCUUUGAAUUCUGCGGCUUUACUCUUAUCACCGUUUUUCUAAAUUUUAUUAAUAAAUCAUACUGUUUCAUGCUUCUAUUAUAUGAUUAGUCAGAAAAUAUGCAUGUUUGAGCAAGUUUUAAUAUUUUGUUUGCCUAAAUGAGGCAUUUUCAAGCAUAAAGGUGGCUAAAUGAAUCAAAAUACAAAUAUAAGGCAUUCAGAAGACGCACGUAAAGAUGUUGCAAUGAUAUGUAGUAUUCUACACAAGGUGUCCAUAAUGUUACACUGAUGAGACAAUAGCCACCACAGGAAGUACUGUACAGAACAGGAAGUAAAAAACAACAACAAGGGACUCUCCCAAUGCUAACGUGUGAGUCUAUAUUAUGUCUUAUUUUCUUUUAUUAUGUCUGCUAUAUUGGACAAUAAGAGUGUAAAGGUGACUGUAGGGGUGUUAUUUCAUGUCUAGAGGGCUCUAAUGUUAAAGUACAGUAUAUUUAGAAAGUCGUAAACAGGUUUUUAUGCUCUAAGUACAAAAAUAUUCCAUUUAUAAAUAAGGAAUCCUUGGCGGAAAUUCACUGAUGACGGUCGCGUCUGCAACCAGUUAACCGCGAUAAACGAGGGAUUACUGUAUUCAUCCCAGAAUGCUACUACUACUACUACUACCAUGUUUUAUACUGCAUGUAAAGGGUGUUGGAUACAGAAGGCAAAUUUGCAAAACAUUGGACAUUUUUCAAAUGCACUUUUUUCGAUAAAAAAGGUUUUUAUAUCCAAACCAGCGGAUAUUUACGGGGUUUCCGCCUCUUUUUUUCCUCCCAUGCGAUUACCGGAAGUAGCAGAGGACACUUUGUAGUACACCUCCCCCUCCUUGCCCCCGCCUACAGCGAGUAUUACUGAGUAUCACACAACUCCUAUGCAAAAAUGAUUGCCAGACUCACAAUGUGGACAGCGGAAUUUUGCUUUUCAUCAUGUGAACAUUUUCAUUGUCUUAAGAGUCGGUGCACACGCGUGUCCUUUUUUUUUUUUUUUAAUGCACUCUUGUAAUUGAAAUAUUGUGUGUGUGUAUAUAUAUAUAUACACACACAGUACACACUCCUGAUCAAAGACCAGCUGAAAAAUUGCUAGAAUUUGCAUUUUGCACAUUUGGAUCUUAAUGAGGUUUUAAGUAAAGCUACAAUAUGCAAAAACAAGAAGGGGGAGUGAGACAAAAAGCAUUUUGAAAAAGUAAUUUAUUGAAAACAAUUCAACUGAUCAAAACUUUAAGACUACAGGCUAGAAAAGCCAAAAUCUGCUCAAAAUAUAAAUUUUCUGUCAGGCAUUCACACUGUCAUGCCCUCCUGAUGGCUAAAGCUAAGAAGCUUUCUCUUUUUGAACGUGGUCGGAUUGUUGAGCUGCAUUAGCAAGGCCUCUCGCAGCGUGCCAUUGCUGCUGAGGUUGGGAGCAGUAAGACAGUCAUUCUACAUUUUUUGAAAGAUCCUGAGCAUUAUGGAACAAAAAAGUCAUGUGGCAGACCCAAAAAAAUCACACCUGCGCUGAGCUGGAGGAUCCGAUUGGCUGUCCAUCAAGACACAGGGCGGUCUUCCACCCAACUUAAGGCCCUUACUGGUCCCGACUGCAGCGCAAUAACCAUCAGACGGCAUCUGCGAGAAAAGGGUUUAAAAAACAAAAAAGUAAUUCAAAGACCUCGUCUCCUUCAAUGCCACAAAACUGCCCGUUUAGACUUUGCCAGGAAGCAUCAAACAUGGGACAUAGAAAGGUGGAAAAAAGUUUUAUUCUCUGAUGAGAAAAAAUGUAACCUUGAUGGUCCAGAUGGCUUCCAACGUUACUGGCAUGACAAGGAGAUCCCACCUGAGAUGUUUUCUACCCUGCACAGUGGAGGGGGGGCCAUCAUGAUCUGGGGUGCUUUUUCAUUCAGUGGAACACUGGAGCUUCAGGUGGUGCAGGGUCGUCAAACGGUGGAGCUUACGUGCAGCUGUUGCGGUAGGCAUCCCUCAUGACUGAGGGCCCUCGUCUGUGUGGUAACAGCUGGGUUUUUCAACAGGACAACACUGCAGUUCACAAUGCUCGCGUGACCAAGGACUUCUUCAGGGAGAAUAACAUCACUCUUUUGGACCAUCCUGCAUGUUCCCCUCAUUUAAAUCCCAUAGAGAACAUUUGGGGAUGAAUGGCAAGGGAAGUUUAUAAAAAUGGCCAUCAGUUCCAGACAGUUGAUGCCCUUGGUGAAGCCAUCUUCACCACUUGGAUGUUCCCACUAGCCUCCUAGAAGCACUCGCAUCAAGCAUGCCCAAAGCAAUUUUUGAAGUGAUUAACAAGAAGGUGGAGCUACUCAUUACUGAGUCCUACUGAGAACAUUUUUGGUUCUGGUUUUUAGAGAGUUUUUUGUUAUUUUUUGAGCAAUGGUCUUAAACUUUUGAUCAGCUGAUAAACAGCCUAUUUCAGUUUAAUUGUUGUUUUCAAUAAAUUACUUUUUCAAAAUGCUUUUUGUCUCAUUCUUGCUUCUUGCUUUUGCAUAUUGUAGCUCUACUAAAAGCCUCAUUAAGAUCCAAAUGUGCAAAAUGCAAAGUCUAGCAAUUUUUCAACUGGUCUUAAGAUUUUGAUCAGGAGUGUACAUGGAUCGUAUACAAUCAUAUUUAUUGUGUCCAUCUUAUCAAUCAACAGUAGACAUUUUGUCAACUUUCCUCUGCCUUAAUAGAGUAGCUAUAUAUAGAAGUGUACCUGUGUCUCUCAUUAAAUGUCCUUACUGAAUGUGUUGCCGCCAGAGGGGUGUGUAUACAGUAGAUAUGAUCAUAUUUAACUUUGCUCGACUUCCACCUUUCUUUUAAGUGUGGAUGGUGCCUUUGUGUUACAGGCUAUCAUGAAAAUGUCUUUUCUUCAUCUGCAUAAAAUGGUGAGUGCGCAGAGGGGUGCACUUACAACCCUGUAGCGCUUUGUUACUUUUCAUAACUGUGCAUUCUUGCCACUCAUUUCUUCAUAUUCAGUCCAUUCCUCGCCUUCUUUGUUCUGCUUUCAGCUGUAAAUUAGCAUAAAUAUGUUUUUUUUUUAAUGGUAACUGAAACAGAAGGUGGUUUGAUGACGCUAUCUGCAGGGGGGACAACAUUUUCCAGCGGGAAGAUGCUUUGAGAAGAUGUGAUGUUGUGCAACUGCACGUUUUGUAAGUACAAUACUGUGUACUGUUUGCCUGUAAUUGUUUCUUCAUGUGUAAAACUGCAUUCAAAAAGUGUUUCAUAACUGUGAGAGGCAUAUUGUAGAAUAGAGCAGGGGUGUCCAAAGUGCAGCCUGGGGGCCAUUUGCGAUCCACAUCUUAUUUUUAUUGGCCCCACGGCACAUUCUAAAAAUACAAUUUAACAAGAAAACGGAAAAAAAAGCAGCAUAAAUGGAAAAACCAGCAGUCAUUUUACAAUAAUAAAUAACAUCAUUUUUAGUAACAUAAAGUUGAAAUAUAAAAGAACAUUUUUUUAAAGUUAGAAUAUUAUGAGAAAUAACCAAAACAAUGAAUAAAGUUGUAAUUUUUGGAAAAUUACGCAAAAAGUUACAAUAUCACAAGAACAAUGUCAUAAUAUUAUGAGAAAAAAUCAUGUCAUUUUAAUAACAAAGUUGAAAUAUUAAAAAAGACUUAUUUUUUAAAAGUCAUAAUAUCAUUAAAAACAAAAUAAAUAAAGUUGUAGUUUUUGGAAAAUUACGUUGCUGUAAAAGUUAUAAAAACUUAAAAAUAAAGUGAAAAUAUGGGAAUAAAGUCAUAAUUCUGAGAAGAAAAUUGACAUGAAGAAAGUUGGAAAAUAGUUGGAAAAUUAAAAAAAAUAGCAGAAAUGGGAAAAACUGCUGUAAUUUUAGGAGAAUAAAGUCAAAAUAUUGAGAGAAAAAAAGUUAUGUUUUAAUGAGAAAAAGGUUGCAAUUUGUAAUAUUAAAAAACAAUGUAAUUACAAGAAUAAACUUGUAAUAUUAUGAGGAAAAACAAUGUAAUUUUAGUCGCAUAGAGUUGAAAUAUAGAAAAAUUGUGUUAUUCGCAAUAUGAGAAACAGCUCAAGCAAAAUAAAGUUGUGAUUUUUGGAAAAUUACGUUGGGGAAAAAGUUACAAUAAUAUAGGAAUAAAGUCAAAAUAUUACCAAAAGAAAAUUGAUGAAGAUUAUUUAAGAUGAAAGUUGAAAUAUUUUGAAAAUGAACAAAAAACAACUGCAAAAACAGCAGAGUUGAUACUAGUAAUAAUCUUUUUCACCUGUAUCACAAAGCUGAGUUGCAGUUUUUUCUUGAAAUAUGUAUAACUUUGUAGCAUAUCUACAUGUGUUGCUUUACAAAAUACCAGUGGGCCUUGCAUCCUUUCAUUUUUCACCAUGUGGCCCUCGCUGGAAACGUUUGGACACCCCUGGUUUACAGUAUCACAAAUACCGUAGUUAUUUUUAAGGCUUUUUAUGGGGCGUCCAUUAUUCGUGUUUUUUCGCCAUUUGCGAAUAAAGCACACUUUAAGGACUUUGCACUGGGACGAUAUAUACUUGUGUUUUUUGAUGCGCUGUUUGCUCACAUAUUUAGUGGCAAGCGAAAGUGUUUCUAACCAUAUCAAAUCAUGUACAGUAAAUAUGGACACCGUCAUACUCGUACAUGCCUGUAUAAAAAGCACUUCCUCUCACAUUUCCUCCUUUUUGAGGUUUUUUUUGUUGCAUGACAUUGUAUCUUUUGCAUAAGAAAUGAUGAUGAUCAAUUAUCGUCCUCUCAAAAGAUUGCACAGGCAGACUUUGGACGCUUUAUCUGCAAAGCUGCGUUUUUUUUUCUUACGCUGCUUUCAAUGACUGCAGGACUUUUCAGACUGAACAGCAAACCACUCAUUACAUUGGUGCAUCUUUUAACUCGUAAAAACCCAACACCUCCACUUCAAAUCUUGCCUGAUGCUUGACUUGAACUCAUUAAGGGCCAGCGACGUGUGGUGAGGUUCAUGGCUGGUGAGGCACCGGUGAGACUAUGUCUUAGUCCCAUUUAUUUACUUAUUUUUAUUAAGUGAAAAACAUUUGUGUUCUUGCAUUGUAUCUGUAUAUGAAGUACUGUACAUGC